GUGUGCUUGCUCGAGACUGCCCUGACCGCGAUUUGCAUUCGUCGCUGAACCGCUGCAGACUGCGGGGCAGAUCAACAGCAGCGGAAGCAUUCGUAUUUCGUGCUGCCUGCCCGCUGCCCGUCUCCAACUUCCACCCCCCACGUUUUUCCUGCACGGCCCAUUCCCACGGCCUUUGCACCGUUUUCUUCCUCCUUUUCUUCUCUACUCCGAGGUCAUCGCCAUGGAGUGAUGGAGUUCUCUCUCUUCCUCUAGUGCUUCUUCGGCGAUCAUUGCAUCAUCAGCUGCUACUGCCAUGGCGAGUGUGGCGGCUCUGGUGUUCGUGCUCCUUUCCUUUGCCGGCGGCGUUGUUUUGGCCAACCAGACUUACAUCGUUUACAUGGACUCGGCACUCCGGCCGGCUGUCCACCCAACCCACGGCGCCUGGUACGCGGCCCACCUCCAGUCCCUUGACAUCGACCCCGACCGCCACCUCCUCUACGCCUACUCUGACGUUCUCCACGGCUUCGCCGCCUCACUCCUCCCCCACCACCUCCCCCUCCUCGUCUCCUCCCCCGCCGUUCUCCAUUUCCAUCCCGACCCUGUUCUUCAUCUCCACACCACCCGAUCCCCCCAGUUCCUCGGCCUCGCCUCCGACACUGCUUCCGUGCUGCCCCGCCCCAUCGACGCCGUCGAAGCAGCCUCUCGGGAUGUUUUCAUCGCUGUGCUGGAUACUGGUGUCUGGCCGGAGGCUCCUAGCUUCUCCGUCCCCGCGGGCUUCCCUGAGGUCCCAUCCCGGUGGCGCGGUGUCUGUGAGGCUGGGGUUGAUUUCUCCUCCUCGCUAUGUAACCGCAAGCUUGUUGGCGCCCGGAGCUUUGCUCGGGGGUUCCAUGCCGCUGCAGCGGCUGCCGGGGACGGCAAUGUCAAGGGGAAGCCUAAGGAGUACCAGUCGCCUCGGGAUCGGGACGGACAUGGAACACAUACGGCGUCGACGGCUGCUGGAUCCGCGGUGGCGAACGCCAGCCUCCUUGGGUACGCCGCCGGGACCGCCCGGGGUAUGGCGAUCGCUGCUCGGGUCGCUGCCUACAAGGUCUGUUGGGCUUCCGGAUGCUUCGGGUCCGACAUCCUUGCGGGGAUCGAGGCCGCUAUCGUCGACGGCGCCGACGUGCUCUCUCUAUCCCUCGGCGGUGGAUCCGCCCCUUAUUUCCACGACACGAUCGCCAUCGGCGCCUUCGCUGCCGCGGAUCGCGGCAUCUUCGUGGCUUGCUCGGCCGGAAACAGUGGCCCCGGCCCCGCAACCCUAGCGAACGGCGCCCCUUGGAUCGCCACCAUCGGUGCCGGAACCCUCGACCGCGACUUCCCGGCUUACGCCCGUCUCGGUAAUGGCGCGGAGUACACCGGAGUCUCGCUCUAUAGCGGCAAAGGCACGGGGAAGAAGCUGAUCCCGCUAGUGUACGGCGCCGGGAGCACCAACGCGAGCAAGCUGUGCCUCGCGGGGACACUGGCCCCCGCGCGCGUGCGCGGGAAACUAGUGCUCUGUGAUCGCGGGGUGAGCGCCCGCGUGGAGAAGGGGGCGGUGGUGAAGGCCGCCGGAGGAGCCGGGAUGAUUCUAGCCAACACGGCGGCCAACGGGGAGGAGCUGGUCGCCGACAGCCACCUGCUACCGGCGGUGGCCGUGGGGAAGAAAGAAGGCGACUUGAUAAGGCAGUACAUCACCACCGACUCGAAGCCGAGGGGAGUGCUGGCCUUCGGUGGAACAGUGCUGGGCGUGCGACCAUCGCCGGUGGUGGCAGCCUUCAGCUCCAGGGGGCCGAAUCCGGUGUCACCGGAGAUACUAAAGCCGGACUUCAUCGGGCCAGGAGUGAACAUCUUGGCAGGAUGGUCUGGCGCAGUCGGGCCAACGGGGCUGCUCAAGGAUGGCCGGAGAACUCAGUUCAAUAUAAUGUCCGGAACAUCAAUGUCGUGCCCACACAUCAGCGGAGUCGCCGCGCUGCUGAAAGGUGCACACCCAGACUGGAGCCCGGCCGCCAUCAAGUCUGCCCUGAUGACGACUGCAUACUUCCUCGACAACACCAAGUCUCCCAUUCGCGACGCCGCCAGCGGCACAUUCGCCACGCCAUUUGCUUUCGGCGCCGGCCAUGUCGAUCCACAGAAAGCCCUCUCCCCGGGCCUCAUCUACGACAUCGCGACCGAUGACUACGUUUCUUCUUUCCUUUGCUCAUUGAACUACACCGUUCCGCACAUCAAGGCCAUCGCAAAGCGAAACGUCACUUGCCCGCGGAGGCUUUCGAACCCGGGCAACCUAAACUACCCUUCGUUCUCGGUUGUGUUCGAGAGGAAUUCGAGGGUUGUGAAAUACAGGAGGCAGGUAACGAACGUCGGCCCUGCGCCGGCCGUUUACCAAGUGAAAGUGACCGGACCCGACGAUGUGGCUGCCACAGUUAGGCCAACACAGCUCGUGUUCAAACGUGUCAAUCAGAAGCUCAAGUACAGUGUGACAUUUGUAUCGAAGGAAAGGGGGAAAUCUGCCGGCGAGGCGUUUGGCCGGAUCACCUGGGCUAGCAAGCAGCACAAAGUGCGAAGUCCUGUAGCAUAUACAUGGAAGUUGUGAGAAUUGAUUGAUCUACACUACUAAAUUGUGGUCUUUUCUUUCGUGUUUCAAAUCUACCUAAGGCUGUUCAGGACCAAAGAGUUUUUCGCAGAGAGCUGUUGAUUUUCAUAUGGUUUACUUGUUAGAUUAAUCUGAAUUGUAGCUUGUUUUGCUUGACGGCCCAACGUAUUGUAGAGCUUUGGAGACUUCCUCAUCUUAACCUUCUAGCGAGCUUAUACUUAAUAAAAGGUUGUUUGUCGCUA